AUGGUGACUAAGAUGAAGGAGAAGUUUGACAAAUAUUGGGGGGAGUGCCAUCUUGUCAUGGCUAUAGCUUCAGUGUUAGAUCCAAGAUUCAAAAUGAAGUUAGUAGAAUUUAGUUUCCCAACCAUAUACUCCAAUGCUGAAAAGAGCAUUGAAGAAGUGAAGAAAGCACUUUAUGAAAUGUAUGAGGAGUAUUUGGAAAUACAUGAUGCGUCAGUCCGAGAAGCUGCAAUGCCUGCAAAUGGAUGUGGAGGAAAUGAAGUGUCAAAAACAACGUCACUCGGGUCAGGAUGGGAGGCUUUUGGGGAGUUUAUAAAAAACACAGAUUUGGAGAGACCAGAAAAGUCAGAAUUAGAUAUGUAUUUGGAGGAAGGUGUUUAUAGGAACCAGGGACAAAAAGGAAUGGAUUCAUUCAAGGCUUUGGAGUGGUGGAAUGUUCAUAAACUGAAGUACCGUGUUUUAUCAAAAAUGGCUAUGGAUGUGCUUGCGAUCUCGAUUUCUACCGUUGCAUCUGAGGCAACAUUUAGUGCUGGGGGUAGAAAGGAGGAAAUGCCCAUUGAGGUUUUAUUACCUACAGGGACAAAUUUUGCUGGAUUGAAUUUGCUUCAAGGAAGAUUGGCUUUUGAGUUUGAUAAUAUGUUAUGUUAAAAUUUUAUCGUUUUUAUAGUAUUUUUGUAAUUUGAACUUCCAUGAUAGGAAGACUUUCUUUUGGAUGAUUUAAUUACAUUUUAUUUUUGUAUGUUGGAGUUUAAAACUUAUUAAGUAAAUUUGUGUUUUUUUUUUCUGGA